AAUAAGUUAGAAUGAAACAACUAUAUUUUUUCUCACUUUAACUUAUCGCACCAGUUCAGUAGUGCGGCUAAAAAGAACAGACGACAAAAGUGAGACAAAUAUAGGUUUUCUCAUUCUAGCUUAUUAUUGCAUCAGUUCAGUAGUGCAGCUACAAAGAACAGACCACUAGCUCCACACAGUGGGAAACGUGUAAGAUUCGCUCGGGUAACAAAAAUUACCGUUGCAAGUUAAUCGGUUUUUGAAUCAGUUCUAAUCAUCAACCGCAGAUCGUCAAUGGCUGCGUUCAGAAACCACACAACGAUUACACAACGGUUGAAUAAUUCGUCAACGUUAUUGGUCUGAAUGUAAGGAUCUAACAGUAAGGACCAAUAGUUACUAAGCGCUCAGUGAGCGCUUUGUUUUCUAAACGCAAUCAAUGUUUAUCGCAUCGAACAAACGAUCAAGCGAAAGAUGGACUUCGAUACUCCGAAGAAAAUCCUAUGUGUGGGUGUCAUCUGCCUCGAUAUCGUCCAAACGUGCGAACAAUUCCCUUUGGAAGAUUCCAUUGUAAGAUCUACGGACUACCAGUGGCAAAGAGGAGGCAAUUCAUCCAACUCUUGCACCGUGCUGUCGUUGUUAGGACAGCCGUGCGAACUUUUAGCAUGCUUGUGCGCGGAUGAAUACGGAUCUUUUCUGCAAAAUGAUCUGUGCAGAUAUAAUAUUGACUAUUGUCAUUGUCCUGUAAUGCCGCGAACUUUCAGUUGCCCUAUUUCGACCAUCAUACUGAGUUCAAGUACUGGAAGCCGCACAAUUAUACAUCACAAAGCAUCAAACUUUCCGGAAUUAACGCUCAAGGAUUUCGAGACUCUUAACUUGGAGGAAUAUAGCUGGAUACACUUUGAGGGACGGAAUUUAGAUCAAGUGUCAGCUAUGAUGCAACGUGUGAAAAGUUACAAUAACUCAUUGAACGAUCGAGACACGAAAUAUCGUGCGCCAAUCACAAUUAGCGUAGAAUUAGAACGCCCCAGGCCGGAAUUAUUGGAUCUGUUGUCGCACGCUGACGUAACGUUCGUAGCAAAAGAUUUCGCCAAGAGUCAAGGUCUCGAAAGUAUGAGCGAGAUAUUAAGGAACAUUGUUUCGCACGCCAAACCGGGAGCAGCUAUCAUUUGCGCUUGGGCAGAGAAGGGCGCAAUGGCGUGCAUCGCGAAUGGUGUCGUAGUGCAAUCUCCAGCUUUUCCUCCACGAAAGGUGAUGGACACUUUAGGCGCAGGUGACACAUUUAACGCAGCUAUGUUGCACCAUUUAAACAUCAUUAAGAUACCUAUGAUUUAUUUCCAACAGCGUACCAUUGAGGGAUAUAUCUACGCAGCAUAUGGAACAUAUGAUACGCGAGAACAUGGUUACUGAUGCACUUUCAAAUAAAGGUGUCAAUGGAUUCAUUCAUUCAUUCCAAAGAAGAAAACAUGUAUAUUACAGUGUGUGUAUGAUUGAUGUACCUGAUGAUAAAGAAGAUUCUUCUGCUCAUGGUAAUUUGUUUAUAACAAUCAGAAACCGAUAUACAUUUACAUCCACAUCUAUAUUUAUUCU